GACAAAUCGCGACAUAACCAACCGAGCUCAAAGACAGUUACAAACAUCUUCCCCGCAUUUGCCGCCGUCUCUCCGGUUACGACAUGAUUGGCACCCCUUGACGAUAGCAAUGUCGCUACGAAAUUUGCCGCGGGCGUCAAUUGCUCUGAAAAGCAACAGACGAAGCGCAGUGUGCGGUGUUGGCGCGGGAGUGCGAAGGAUUACGCAAAGAAGAUGGGCGAGCGACGACAAGAAGGGUGGGGAUGCAGACAAGCCAUUUUAUCUCCAGCUUCAUGAGAGUAUUUAUGAGCGUGUGCAGAAGGAGAAGGCGGAGCAGAUCCAGAUUCAGUCGUUGCAGCAACGGUCGGCGAGAGGGCAGUUCUUUGCGACCGUUUUUGCAUGUCUCUUUACCGCAGGCAUAGGUUACUACUUCGGCCAAUUGAUUCCCCCCAAACCAGACACCAACUCGACCGCUCCGCUUGAAACCUUCACACCUCCCAAGCAUAACAUAUCCGAAGCGAACAUGGAAGCUGCAUGGGCAGAUUUCCGCAACAUUGUCGGCAAGGAGAACAUCACGCUCGAGAAGUCCGAGCUCGUAUCGCACAGCGGGUCCUCGUGGUCCUCGCAUCCCGCUGAACCGGGCGACAUCCCAUUCUGUGUGAUAAAGCCUGGAAAUACACUUGAAGUCAGCGCGAUCAUGAAGGUUUGCCACGAGAGGAAGAUUCCAAUUACGCCAUACAGUGGAGGUACGAGCUUGGAAGGACACUUUGCAGCGACCAAGGGUGGCAUCUGCGUUGAUUUCAGUCGCAUGGAUAAGAUCUUGAAGCUGCACAAGGACGAUCUAGAUGUUGUCGUUCAGCCCGCAGUUGGUUGGGAGCGUCUCAAUGAAGAGCUGGCAAAAGAGAACUUGUUCUUUCCUCCAGACCCAGGUCCAGGCGCUAUGAUUGGUGGUAUGGUGGGUACGGGGUGCUCCGGGACGAACUCUUACCGAUAUGGUACGAUGAAGGAUUGGGUGUUAUCACUCACGGUAGUGCUGGCUGAUGGCACGGUUAUCAAGACACGACAACGGCCAAGGAAGUCCUCUGCAGGUUACGACUUAACGCGAAUGUUCAUCGGCAGCGAAGGCACCCUUGGUCUCGUUACUGAGGCUACACUCAAGGUUACCGUCAAACCGCAGCACACCAGUGUAGCUGUAUGUGCAUUCCCUACCAUUCGCGCAGCAUCAGACUGUGUCUUCAAAGUCGUCGGUGCAGGCGUACCCAUAGCAGCAAUUGAGAUCCUGGACGAUGUGCAGAUGAUGUGCAUCAAUGAUGCUGGCCAGACCUCUAAGACCUGGAAGAAUGCGCCAACCCUGUUCUUCAAGUUUGCCGGUACACCAAAUUCAGUCAAAGAGCAAAUAAGCCAGGUCCAGACGCUAGCGAAGAACUCUGGAUCUGUUAGCUUUGAGUUCGCAAAGUCUGAACAAGAGAAAGAAGACCUCUGGCAGGCAAGAAAAGAGGCUCUGUGGUCGGUUAUGGCCAAGACCGAGGGCCACGAGGACAUGGCGGUAUGGACGACUGAUGUAGCCGUUCCAAUUUCAAGGUUAUCUCAAAUCAUUGAGGAGACCAAAGAAAAGAUUAGCCAGAGCGGUUUGCUAGGCAGCAUUGUAGGCCAUGUUGGAGAUGGCAAUUUCCACUCAAUCAUCCUCUAUAACCGCAAAACCGACUUCCAAAAGGCCGAACACCUAGUCCACGAAAUGGUCAAGCGCGCUAUCGAGCUCGAAGGUACAGCGACCGGCGAACAUGGUGUCGGUCUAGUCAAAAGGGACUAUCUGCCGCAUGAGCUAGGCACUAGUACCGUAGAUGCGAUGCGGCAGCUGAAGAAAGCGUUCGAUCCGUUGUGUUUGCUGAAUUGUGAUAAGAUUGUCCGGGCGAGCGUACCCAAGGCGGGCGAGGUGGCGGAGUGGUAGGGCUAUCGUAAAUGAGGUAUUGUAAGAUAUAAUAGGUCAAACCUCCAGUAACACACUGGGCCCAUGGUUGCAUGUAGAACCAACCAUCAGGAUAGCCGCGUGCGAACGUCAGUCAUACUACAACAUUAGUAGCGAGUUCGAUUUGUACGAAAGCAAGACCAUGCAAGUAUAAAAAAGCCCAAAAGGCUUCAAGACAUUUGCAACCAACAAAAAUCAGUGCAAAAGUCCUCG